GUUAUUAUACAAAAAAUUAAGAUAAGAACAGUUCUCUUUAUUCUCCAAACAACUGUGUUGUUUUCCGCCACGACAUGUGCCAGAAUUUUGGGGGUUUUCCCCGCUUCUGGCUACAGCCAGUUCAUUUUGGCUGAAGCCCUAAUGAAAGAAAUUGCCAGUAGAGGACAUGAAGUUACUAUAAUUAGUCCAUAUAGACCUAAGCCUGCGUUUUUUAACUACACAACUAUACAGACGAGUGAUGUACUACACAGCGAUGAUGGGUUUGAUUUGUUUGAACUUGACAACGAAUCAUUGUUCAAAAAUAUCCUGACGACUUAUGAAUACGGAAAUCUUUUAACCGAAUUUACUCUCAAAGACAAGGGAGUCCAAAAACUGUUACACUCGAACGAAAGUUUUGAUUUGGUGAUAGUGGAACAAUUUUUUACUGAUGCCUUGAAGGGUUUUGCCACACACUUCAAUGCCCCUUUGGUGCUUUUCAGUUCAGUUGGUUUAACAGAAUGGAACAAACACUACAUGGGAAACCCCGUUCUUCCCUCGACUAACACAAUCGUUUACACCGGUUAUACCAACCAAAUGAAUUUUUUCCAAAGAAUUCGGAACUUGGCCGGCACCAUUUUCGACUAUUGUUACCGCACGUGGGUGUUUUACCCAAUUCAGAGAAAAUACGCGGAAAAAUAUUUCCCAAAACCCGUAAAUUUUGAUGGAAUCAUCAACAAUGCAAGUCUAAUGUUGCUCAACUCACACUUUACGACGUCCGAAAAUGUGCUUUUGCCCUACAACAUGAUCGAAAUUGGGGGAUUUCACGUCACUCAAAACCGCCUAAAUAAUGAUACGCAAAAACUGUUAGACGAAGCCACAGAUGGAGCAAUUUUGUUUAGUCUAGGAACGAACUUGAAAAGCUGUGAUUUGGCACCAACUACUUUACGGACAAUUUUGAAUGUUUUUGGUCGACUCAGACAAAGAGUUUUAUGGAAAUUUGAAAAAGACUUGGCAGAGAAACCCAAAAAUGUGUUUAUAUCAAAGUGGUUAGAGCAAGCUGAUAUUUUAGCUCACCCCAACGUACGGUUGUUCAUCACUCAUGGUGGUAUAUUAAGUGUGACCGAAGCAAUAUUUAAUGGUGUUCCAAUGGUCGGAAUACCGGUCUUUGUGGACCAAAAAAUGAACAUGGCAAGGGCGAAACAUGCAGGAAUUGCGAAUGUCAUUUCUUUGAAGGACUUAACAGAGAAGUUUUUUUCAAUGAUAAAUGGAACUAUUAAUGACCCCACAUACUCUAAAAAUGUAAGAAAAAUGUCAAAAUUGAUGAAAGAUCGGGUGGUGAGACCGCUAGAUCUGGCAGUGUAUUGGAUAGAAUACGCAAUUCGUCAUAAAGGUGUUCGUUUUGAAACACCUGUUUCGAAGAUGUACUGGUUCCAAGUAUACAUGCUUGAUAUUUUAUGUUUUGUGAUGUUUAAUUUAUUAAUUACGUAUUUGUUGAUAAAAGGUUUGUGUACUUACUUGGGAAAAGAAAACUCCAGAGUAAUAAAUGAUAAUAAAAAGAAACAAUAAUAACAUACUUGUAGUUUCAAUAUUAUAUAAAAAUUC